CCAGGCAACAGGUACAAUAUAUGUAUUUUUGAGGUCAAUCUUUUGACACUGAUUUAUUGUGAAGUUAAAGUGCAACAGAAAAUAAUACAACUGAUUGUAAACAUGAAUCUGACGCCACCGGACCAAAGCAUUCAUAAUCCUAAUGAGGUCUGCGUGGAGGACAACAAAGCAGAUGUAAUGCUCCCGUGCUUUCGCCGAGACAUGUACGAGGAGCCUCUCUCCUCCUACCACAAUUCACCGCUCAUCUCUCAUCUCUUACGAAAAACCAUCCACAAUAAGCGUUCCAUUCUUAACAACAACCAACUCUACAUGCCAGCGACCUCCAUUUCUAGUUCCAGCAUGGUUGAAUCAAGACCCACUAUAACUGAGACUGCUCAGGAUGACUGGAGUAACCUGUCUUCCAAAGACAGCCAGCUGGAAUCAGCAUCUCCUGAAUAUCCACUGAGCGAGCAUGUCCAGGCCAAACGAGCCAGGGUGGAGAAUAUCAUACGAGGCAUGGCGAGCUCACCGAGCGACAAGUCACAUGCAGACAGAGAGAAUUCUGAGAGUGAAGUCAGCAGGUAUGGCAGAGAAGUUUAUAAAGAGAACAAACGCAAACAGAAGCUUCCUCAGCACCAGGAGCACAACCAUUCUGGAAUUUCAGAGACAAACCUUGAUGCUAAUGCAAGCAGGGAGGAAGAGUGUCACAAGCUAAGAAAACAACUCCAGAGCAUGCAACGGCUCUUACACCAACUCCAGGAGAAAUUUCUACAUAUGUACGACCACAGUAGCUCAGAGAGUGAAGAGAAAGGGGAACAGCAAGACAGUCAUGAUCUUGAUGUGGGCAUGAAUUCUGAUAAUAGCAACACACAUGAACACAAAGAUAGCUGGAAACUAGGGGAUGGUUGUUUGAGCUUGCAGAGGGAUCAAAAGAACCUCCAGGAAAUGCUCAAAUGUGAGCUUUCCAGGGCUAUAAGUGAAAGCAUUGAUAUGGUGUUCAGAAGACUCUCUGUGAUCCUAGAGAACCAAUCACCACAGCUACACCUGUGUCAGAGUCCAGAGCACUCAAAUAUGGAGAAACAAGAGCAGCAAGCACGUUCUAGAGAGUCUUCUGAAUUAGAGACUGCCACAAAACCAAGGCCUGCAGAGUGCUUUGAAAGCACACCUUCUCACAGCCCAGAGCAUCAGACAGAAGCUUUAUCUCUAGUGGUCCGAAAACCUCCAUUAAAUCCUUUGGGUUCAGUAACUCAUCCGGUAAAGAGACCAUAUCCUCUGCACCAACCUCCAUUCCAGUUCAGUCACAGCACUCCUCUGCAUGACAGCCAAAUCCUGGAGCACCUCCUCAAGUAUGGACCUCAUGCUAAUUUCAGUGGGAUCUCUUGCCUUCCUCCAUCACUGGACAGAUCAUCUACAGAUUCUGUGGCUCUUCCUUGGGAAAGCAUUGCAAUGAGGUCAAAGGUAAGCUCUGGUCAUCUUGGGCAGCACCAUCACCCCGGGGCUCUCAGCCAAGUGGCAAUCGAAAGCCUUUGCCUCCCGCAAGUAAAGAUGGAAUGUGGACAACUGCAGAGUAUGGCAGAAAGGAGCAACUUCAUGUCACUCAAUAUCCAAGAGGGACUAACACCUAACCAUUUGAAGAAAGCCAAGCUGAUGUUCUUCUACACACGGUAUCCAAGUUCAAACAUCCUGAAGGCCUAUUUCCCCGAUGUCAAGUUUAAUCGCUGUAUCACGUCCCAGUUAAUCAAGUGGUUCAGUAACUUCCGAGAGUUCUACUACAUUCAGAUGGAGAAGUUUGCACGCCAUGCCAUCGUAGAUGGAGUGAGUGAUGUGAAGGACAUCUCUGUUACUAGAGACUCUGAAGUCUUCCGUGCUCUUAACAUGCACUACAACAAAGCCAACGAUUUCCAGGUGCCGGAGCGCUUCUUGGAGGUGGCUGAAAUCACCCUGCAUGAGUUUUAUAAUGCCAUCUCUCUCAGCAAAGAUUCUGACCCAUCAUGGAAAAAAGCCAUUUACAAAAUCAUCGGUAAACUGGACAGUGACGUUCCUGAUGAGUUCAAGUCUCCUUCAUAUUUGUAGAUACUUGCAGGAUGGAGAUCUGAUAUAAGCCGUGAAUAUGAAUACUUUAGGAGAUUCAGUAGCCAUUUUGAAAUGUGUUCAGUCCCGAUACAGGGAAUCUAAUGAAAUAUCAGUUUCUUUUAAUUGGUGUGAAUUGUACUUUAGUUUUAUACUGCAAAUGGUGAGGAACUCUUGUCAAGUUAUGCAGUUUUGUUUUGGAGAAAUGUACCUUUUUUUUGUGUCACCUCGGGUUUAUCUUAUAUAAAAGAUUGUGAUAUAACUCGGAACUUUCAUCUCAUGGAAAAAAAAAGUCUGUAACAAAUUAAAUAAUACGUCUAAAGAGAUUCUACU